UCGACCAAUAGCGUCACAGGUCAGAGGUCAGAGUGUACCGGAAGUUGUUGGCUACUUCUGCCACUGCAGCUGCUGCUAGUGCAGGCAGCUCCUAGCAUGCUAACCCGUUUCUCAGCGUGUUUUCUCUGACUGUCAUCACACAUGGAGGAAGUGAAAACGAUGGAAAUGUGCGGAAAAGAGAGCGGACACGUACGAGGAGAUGAGUUUGAAUGGCAUCAACUCUGAAGAAGAAGAGAAGCUAACGCAGAGAAACCCGGAAGUGUUGUCAGAGCUGCCAGCAGACACAAUGAGUGCCAAAUAUGGCCUGGUGGGCUACAACAGUUCACGGAAGCACAUUUCCAUUUCCAUCCCCUCGUCCACCGAGGUGAUGUCCCCCCACAUCAAGUCUGUGGAGGAGCUGAGGGUCCUGGGAAUCAACUUGAGCAGCUUCAGUCCCCCUACACAGUUCUGCAUCUGUGUGGCUGGAGUCUUCCUCUUUUACCUCAUCUAUGGAUACCUGCAGGAGCUGAUCUUCUCCGUGGAAGGCUUCAAGCCUUUCGGUUGGUACCUCACUCUGGUCCAGUUCGGCUUCUACUCCACGUUUGGACUCGUAGAGCUCCAGCUCACACAGGACAAACGCAGAAGGAUACCGGGGAAGACCUACAUGAUCAUCGCCUUUUUAACAGUGGGCACCAUGGGCCUGUCCAACACCUCGCUGGGAUACUUGAACUACCCGACACAGGUCAUCUUCAAAUGCUGUAAGCUCAUCCCAGUGAUGAUUGGAGGAGUGUUCAUUCAAGGUAAACGCUAUAACCUGGCCGACGUGUCUGCUGCUGUCUGCAUGAGUCUCGGACUCAUCUGGUUCACGCUAGCUGACAGCAAAGUGGCCCCAACUUUCAACGUCACAGGUGUCCUCCUCAUCUCCCUGGCGCUGUGUGCGGACGCCGCUAUUGGAAAUGUGCAGGAGAAAGCCAUGAAGCUCCACAACGGCUCCAACUCUGAAAUGGUGCUGUACUCGUACUCCAUCGGGUUCGUCUACAUCCUGACCGGCCUGCUCUGUGUGGGGGGGCUGGGGCCUGCAGUGGCCUUCUGCUCAGAGCAUCCUGUGAAGACGUACGGUUACGCGUUCUUCUUCUCUCUCACCGGGUACUUUGGCAUCUCCUUCGUGCUGGCCUUGAUCAAGCUGUUUGGUGCCCUGGUUGCAGUUACAGUAACCACUGGGAGAAAGGCCAUGACUAUCGUUCUUUCCUUCAUGUUCUUUGCGAAACCUUUCACUUUUCAGUACAUAUGGGGUGGCCUUCUGGUGCUCUUCGGCAUCUUCUUAAAUGUUUACAGUAAAAACAGAGACAAAAUGAAGCUUCCCUCCAUCAAGGACCUCAGGAGCUUGCUGCUUUCAGGAAAGAAAGUCCGGUUUCUUUCACAAAACGUAUAGAGGAGCACCCACAGGCGGAGCUGAAGACCUGAGCUGGCAGGUUGUACAUCUGUUCGGAUGUAGAGCUGGCCCAGCUGGUCCAGGAGGUAGGCUGAAGUGUGUGUGUGUGAGCUAUGAGCCUCAUCAACACCAACAUUGAGUGAGAAGUGGGAUGAAAAUCAACAGGGAGAACAGAAUGAACAAUGGGGACAGACGUUUCAUCUGGUUUAGUACACAACAUGUGUACUACGUGACUGAAAGUACUCAAACUGAAGGAACUGUAACUACACUUUGUAAGUGGAUGGAAGCGUGAGGGCUCUGGAAAAGCAGUGCUGCAGAAACCCCGACAAACAUUCCCAACAUGGAGGAUGACACCAAGGACCUUUAAGACUCUCUAAAGGGAAGCCAGCGCCUUAGCUAACCAAAUCGCACAGUUUUGCACUGGAAAUGACACUUGAGCCGCCGAGUGGUCGGGUAACAGAGAAGAAGACGACGACAAGAGCACAGAGCGACAUUUCAACGAUCAUUCCUGAAAUGAAUGUUGAUCCCCUCCCUUAGAAGAAAAGGACUAACAGGCAUAUCUGCCCCGCAUGUGCCAGCAAGACGGACAACAACACUUUGUUUUAGCUAAUCAUUGUCUUGAUAACUUGUAAUUUAUAUCUGACUGUGCCCUCGUUCAUUAAACACGUGGGGUGUGUGUGUGAUUGUUUGGUGACACUUUGGGGAGUUUGAAGACAUUCGCUACAGUGAACAUCAAAAGGUCAACUGCCAUGAUUUGCUAACCAUGUGUUUGGUGGGAGGGUACCACUCUUUUUACAUUAAAACAAACUCAGACAAUUC